AUGCCAACUCUCUGGGGUAAUCCAAGGGAUAGCGAUCAAAGCGACAGGAGAUCCGAAGAUGGCGGCUCAACUAACGAGAGAACGCGCCUGUUGGGGAACCACCGCGAGGCCACACCGGCCCUAUUAACUCCCGAUGAUCCUGCCGUGUCGCCCUAUAAUCUCUGGACGGUUCGCAUGUUCAGACACAUAACCGUCAUUCUAACCCUCAUUACGGCGGUUUGGUGGAUCAUAUUGUUGAUCUCGACCUUUAUCACACCUCCCGGAUUCCACAUGCGAGGAUCUGGAUUCUUCGCUUUUAGCAAUACGACCGUCGCUCUGUUGGUUUUGAUACUCGACUUGGCCUUUUUUCGCACGCCCUCCCAGUCGGCGCGGAUCUUGUGCGCUUGUAUGGCGCUUGCGUUACUCGUUAAUACGAUCCUCACGUUGGCCGUGCAGAUGGUAAGAUAUGAGGAGGGAUGGGUCGGCGUCACCAGCAUUUCGUGGGUCCUCCUCAUAAGCCUAUGGGUGCUAGCGGCAGACCGAACGGUAGAAUGGGGCAAGGCCGAAGAGGAGGAGCGGCUCACUGGACGGCCAGAAACCAGACGAUCCCUCGGCGAGUGGUCCAAAGUGCUCACAUCGACCGUCGGUCUCUUCGCGUUGUGCCUCGCCGUCAUUUUGAUGACAUUGACCCUGAUCCUGCGAUCUCUGGACGCUGGGGUCGCACCGCCGGGGAACCUGUACUGGGUAGACGGCGGACAUUACAGGAUGCACGUGUACUGCUCACCCAACGUCCCAGAUUCGCCGGGGCGCGACCGGCAGCUGCCGACGGUUCUUUUCGAGGGCGGUGAGUACGCCGUGGAGCAUGGGCUCGCCGACCUGGCCCACAACGCGGUGCGCAACGGGUCCAUCUCUAGAUACUGCUACGUCGAUCGGCCGGGCUACGCGUGGAGCGAUACGGCGCCCUCUCCUCUCUCGGCGGGGAUGGAAGCCGUCAUCAUGAGCGAGGCUCUUGCGCAGGCCGGGGAGAGAGGACCUUGGGUCGUCGCCAGCGCUGGCGUGGGAUCGUACUACUCGCGGAUAUUCGCGUCUCAGCACGGCGCCGAGGUUAAAGGCCUGCUCCUCAUCGACCCUUUGCACGACGUUGAUCUCGACAGGCUGGGGUCGCCCAAACGCGGCAUCUUGCUGUGGCUUUGGGGUAUCAUUUCGCCUUUAGGCCUGGAUACACUGCCCGGGGCCAUCUUUAGGGGUAGGAAGAGCGCGGACCGCAUCUGGGGCGUCUCGUCCAAGCACAACCCUAGGCACAUCUUCGCGCGGCUGCAGGAAAGCUUGGUGGCUAGCUCGUUAACGAAACGCGAGGUGCUCAGCAGUCGAAAUAUCAUGAAGAAUGACACGGCGCUGACGGUGAUCACUUCUGGGUUGGAGGUGAGGCGCCAUGUGGCGUGGGAGGGGAAGCAGCGGGACCUUACAAAGUUGACCUCGAACCUGAAGCACUGGGACGUUGUUGAUGAUGCGCCGCAUGAGGUAUGGAGGACAUUUGAGGGGAGAGAGAUGAUUGAAAAGCGGCUUAGCAGCCUAGUCCGCGGGCGUUAG